AAAACAAAGGGAGUGAAACCAUAAAUUUAAAGAGCAACCAAAAGGAAAGCACAACUCUGCCUGCACUUUUGAAGGUUUGUCAAAAUGAAGAGAAGAACCAUUCCACAGAAGAACUUAGCAAGUCUGAAAUUCAGGAGGAGCUGAAAAAGGCUAAUAGCCUUCCUAGUUUGACUCCUGGAAUCAAAACAGCACAUAAAGACAAGCAACCCCGAGAAGGUUUUUUUCAUUUUCUUGGAAGCUUAUUUAAUAUUGCAACAAAAACUUCUUUGGUAGAAUCUAAACCCUCUACUUUACAAGAUGAACCCAACAGAUGUGAAAAGGAUUUACAGAACACAAAUACCCUUCCGGAGGACAUGCAGCCAAAGAGUCCGAAAAUUGAAGAGCCUAUCUGUUCUACAGCUAGAAUAAAAGAGGAUUCUGAAAAUAAAGAUGAUGCCAUCUUAAAUAAUAUUGGGAAAGAUAUCUCACAGGAUCUGCAAGGAGGCUGGAAACGAUCUGCAGAUGCACAAAAGCGGAUGCAACGGAAGCCAGAAGCGCCCGCAGUCACUUAUGCAACAUAUCGAGGUUCUGCAAGGAUUAGGCAGCUACUGAAGAAUCAAUCAGAAAUGGCUGGAAAAGGAGAAGAAAGUACUGAGAACAGAAAUGGUUCAAUGGUCAAAGAAAAUGGAGAAAUCCAAACAACUGUCUCUCUGAAAUCAGGACACUUAAUAAAAGAAAAUGGAGAAGAUGAGGGUAAAGAUCACAAAGAUGAUGUCAUAGUAAAUUCUUCUGCAGUUAAAAUCGGAAUGAAAAAGUCUGGUAAAGCUCAGCAUUGCUUGGGUAGCAGUAAACAUGAAACAACCGCAAAGACCACAACUUCAUCUAUUGAAUCAUCUCUUGAGAUAGACUUAAAACAUACACCUGCUUUAGCUGCAACAAAAGUUAAAAGAACAUAUUCACUAGAUUCAUUACUGUCAUCUAGUAGUAGAAAUAAUGAGAUCCUAACCAAUUCCACUUCCCAGAUUUCCAAUUCCCUUAACAUGAGUUCUGCAGGCGAUUUGGUUGGAAAAGAAGUUGGACUGCUGGGAGAAGCAGAAGCUCAGUUUCAGGCAGACAAAAAUGCCACUUCUAACUUUGAUAAAGAAAAUCAUUGUAGUAAAGCAGCUAAGGAUUCCACAAAAGAAAUGCAGGAUGAUUGUUUACAUUCACCCAAAUCAAAAAAUAAGACAGUUAAUGAAGAACUACAGGUGAGUAAGGGAGAAUAUUGCUGUAAUCAGCAAAUGGAUAGUCACUCGGAGCUAACAUCGGAUGUCCAGAUGCUUCAUUCCAGUACCACUACAUUUCAGCAGCAAGCAGAUCAGCAUACAGGUAGUGCAAAUAAAGAUAGUGAUCCAAGAAAAAGCGAUGCACAGAAAAUUGUGGCAGCUGUAGAAAGAGAGCAAAAUCCACAAAACUUUCUUUCUGCUGCUCUUUUACCUUUUAAUGAACAAAUACCCACUUUGCUUAGCGUGGAGUCCAGAGGAGAAUGCAUAGCUGCAGGUAAUCUAACUGCUUCAGUGUCAUCUAUUAAAAAUGGUGAAGAUAUAGUCACGGGCAGGGGGACUUGUAAGGAAGAACUGAGUGAGUUAGGGAAACCAAUGCACAUAAAAAAUGAUCACCAGUUAAUCCUUGUGGAGAAUUCUAAGGAUACUGUCACACUGCAGAGUGGUUUACCUUGUCUAGAAACAGAGGGUGUGGAAACAAUGAAGGUUUUAUCUGAGAUUGCAGUGGAAAACCUUGCCAAUGUGUCGUCUUGCAUACAUAAGUGUGAGGGUGUGAAAUCUAACUUCGAUGAGCUGACAGCACCUCUCCCUGUUACUUACGAGUCUUCUGUUGAAACUGGAGGCUGUUGCUCAGCUUCUCCUCAUCCUAGUUGCAAGACCAAAAAUAAAACUAUAGGGAAAAGAGAAGUCAGUUUAAAAGAUGUGAGAGAGGCUGUUUCUUGUCCUGAUCGUGAGUGUGAGAAGAGCAAAUCCUUUGAGCCUGUAGAGAUGAGCCUCUCGGAAAGCUCAGUUCCUGUCCACAACUGUGGUGCUGUUUCCCUUGAAACUGUUCAAGACAUUCCUGCCAAGGCAUUAGUUACACUCACAGAAGAUAACACAGCAAAGCCUGCACCUUGCCCUUUAAUCAGCAUUGAUAGGACAGACGAUUGUACUCCUGCUGCUUCUAAAAUCUAUAAGAUUGAUAUGACUGAAGUUGCUCUUGUUCCUUCUGAGAGUAAGGAUUCCACCUCUGAACUUUCCUCUUGUAUUUCUAAGUCACAAGAAAACAUUCUGGAGGUUUCUCAUUCUGCCUUGAGAUAUGGAGAAGGACCUUUGACCAACCAUUCUGCUUUCAUCUGUGAAAAAGGCGUUGAUGUAGACAUCAUUUCUGAAUCUCCAUCUGUUUCUGAAGAUAGGCAUAUUAAUUUUUCUUCCAAGAAGGAAAACAGUAAUAAGCCUAGGAUAUCACCCACAGCACUUGAUUGUUCAUCUGACAACCAAGGAAAAAUGCCUUCCUCUGCCACUAACUCUGAAAAUGACCAGAUUGCUAGAUGGUCUGCUGCUUCUGAACAGGACAGCUUCAUUUUUCCAGCUGCUGAGUUUAGGAGCAUAAUCCUUGAGGACAGAAUGACUGAGGUGCCACUUUGCUCAGGAGACCUGAGAGCUUCAUGCCCGGCUGGUUCUCUGGAACCUGAGCUUACUCCAGCUAUGCUUGAUCGCUCUGCUGCUGGAGUAGAGGUGGGGUGUGUUUGCAUCCCCAGGUCCUCUUCACCUACUCUGGGAUCCAGAGAAGUCUCCAACCUUUCUGUUUCUGCCUUGGAAACAUCGGGUGUUGGUCAGGGGAACAGUUACUCCUCCAGUCACAGAGCUGGUGAUGGGGCAGAGGUGGCCUCUUCCGCACAACAGGCUGGCGGCAGUUUCUUGGCAGAGGCAAUGCCAUCACCCAUCUGUCCUUUGAAAUCUUUGGAAAUGGCGUCUGAGUCAGCCUGUACUGAGAGCGUGUGCAGAAAUGCUGUGGGACAGGUGAAUCUUGGUAACUGUGCUUCUGCUAUCUCAGAAGCCCCUUCUGUGACGGAUGAUCAAACAGCUGCUGCACCCGCGGAGUCAAACAAGCUCUGUUCUGAGGAAGUACUGGAAGAUACCGAUGUGAAGGGACAAGAAUGUGCUAAAUUCCAAGAUGCUGCUGCUUUGUUUAAAAAAGCUGAGGAAAUAGUGGACUCAGUUUUACACUUGGCUAUAGAAGAAAUAAUAGCAAAACAAGCCAUUGGUGUCUGUCAGCUUUGUGGGAGCAAGGGUGGUUUAAUAAAUACAGAUAUUCUAAAUUAUCAGAGAGCUGGAACUGUACAGCUGGAAGCAGAAGAAAUCCAGUCAACUGUGCAGUCAUUAAAACAUUUUAACGAGAGCAGUGGAGGAGGCUCAUCUUCAUUUACAGAAAAUGAAACAGUGGAUGCAAAUAAUCAAGAUGAAAAGAUACUACCUUACAUCCCUGAUAAAAUGGACCUACAUAGUGCGCUAGCACUAAAAGCAAAAGAAAUAAUUGAUGAAGUCAUUAAUUCAGCCAAACAAAAACUGACAUCCAAUCAGUGGCAAGGCAGUGAGAGUAAAAGGCUUUCUGAAAAGGUUGAGCCUAAACCUACGGCUGAAACCCCAAAGAUUUUAAACCUGGAUAUGAAGUUACCUGCCAAAACACAGGAACCAACAGAGGAGGCAGAAACUCAGAGUGUAGCUGUAAACCGUGAAAACGUAGAUUGCUCAGGUCCUCCUUUACUUCCAAAUAGUAUGGAAAAUGGCAUAGAUUGGCCCCAAAGAGGUGAAAAGAUACCAAAUAAUGCAUUUAUAUGUCAAACAACUGGAUUUCUACCCACAGGUAGUUCAGCAAGGCCAGAAUCAGAUCUUAUGACACCAGCCAAAGAGAGGCACGAUAGAAAGGUGUGUGAACAUCUGGCUGCAGCAGAGUCGUGUGGCAAAGGUGGAGUAUCAGCAACUAGUAGAAAAUCUGAUGGAUCUUUACAUUUAAUACCUAGAGAUGCUACUGUGACUGAAGAGAUGCUUCUGUCAUUGCAGUCAAGAGAGUCAUGCAAUAAUACAAAUAUGCCAGAGUGCACAUUGCUGCCCACUGUAAAUGUUAAUUUGUCAUCUUUUAUGCCUGAUGAAGAAUGUAUCAGCAUGCAGUGUGAAUCCAAAGACAAAAGCAGUCCUCAGGGUUCUCUGGAAAGCAGUACAGAGGACAGUCCGUAUGAACACUGUGGAAGAGAGGCUGCAGAAGAAGUACUUGCACAAGUAAAAGCAACCUUAGAAGAUUCAAAGGCAGUGGAGAGUGAAGAGGAACUAGCAGAAUGGGCAAGUGAGAUAGCAGAGGUUAAUACUGGAUUAAAUACACAGUUCGCUGUACCUGAAUUGUCUGUUAUCGGAGAGGACAGUGAAGGGAAAAACUGCUUUAACGCAAUUUUUGCCCAAAAUAAUGAGAAUCCAAAGCAGGUACAAAUGAAGGAUCAAGACAUGAAGAGGAAUGAUCAGCUUGAAGAAAAUAGUCUGGACUGUAGUGAUGACAUGAAGGAAUCAACGGAUCUUUUGGCCUUUUCUCCACUAAUUGAACAGUGGGAAAACAGUUCUUUUACUAUCAUUUAUGAAGGUGCCCUUCAAACUGAGAACAAAUCUGUCUCAACUGAUGAUAUGCAAACUGGUUCGCUUUCUUCUUCUGUUCUGCCUUCGGAUAAUAUAGAUCAUCUAAUGUGUGAAAGAGCAAAGACUAAAUAUGAGCCAGCCUGUCUUUAUGGGAAGGAUAACAAGUUGAAUGAAGCAACAGAUAGCCGUAGCUCAGAGUCAUUUCUGAGCGUGGAGGCCAAGCGCUAUAGAGUAUAUCCUUUCUCUUUGUCUCCAAUAUACGAAGACGACAGCUCCCAAGAAGACUUACUUUCCACAGAUGUGUCACCAGAAGGCCAUCCUAUCGGUUUCCGAGCGCUUACAGUUUACUACUCAGUUCAGUAA